CCAGCGCUGAGAGCCAUCGACGAGGAAGUAUAAAUGAACCUGCGAUGUGGAAGAAGGAGAGCCGCUCGUCUCUGUAGCUCCUGCAGAGAUAGAUCGUCACCCGACAAAACGCGCGCACCGAGAUGUCGAUGGGAUAAUAUCAGCAAUAAUGUGCCUUAUUGGCUUCGCGGCAGUGAGGUUUGUGGAGAGAAGUGAGACGGGGGAGGAGGAGGGGUAGACAGCCUGGCAGACAGGUGCGCGUUGAUAGUCUGUUUCAUUUUCUCUCGGUCCGUUUAAGUGAUAGAGCCAUGGAUACCCGUAAGGAAAGCAAGGUAAGAAGACAACCCAUGAAACCCAAAACGACGAAGCCAAAGGAGAAGAAAUACAAAUCUGGUAGGUUUACUAGACGGAAAUCGCUUCGAUCUUUUGGGAAUUUCAUGGGAAGGAUCCUUAAAACUUUGGGCACUUUAGCGCACUUUGGCGACGCGGAACAGCAGGACGCAGAAGACGACGACGGCGGUUUCGGGCAAAGCGCGUCGGGUGGUUUUAAAGAUAACUGUUCGCAGAUCUCCAGGGAAGGAACCGUAAAGAAGAGCUCCACGGUUUCGUCCAUUCACGGCUCGGUGAAAGACAGGCUGUCGUGGUGCUACGGCGACAAGACCCCGGGAGUGCUGGGACUGAAGAACCACGGCAACACCUGUUUCAUGAACGCUGUGGUUCAGUGCCUCAGCAACACGGACCUGCUCGCCGAAUACCUCGGGUUGGAGCAGUAUAAGUCGGAUAUUUGCCUCCAGAGGGUUAACGGGGAGGUGAGAGGAGCGGAGUCGCAGACCGCCAGGGGAGAGGUGACAGAGCAGCUGGCGUCGCUGGUUCGAGCGCUUUGGACACUGGAGUACACGCCGCAGCUGUCUGUGGAGUUCAAGAGCAUUGUGGCCAAAUAUGCAUCUCAGUUUCGUGGAAACUCUCAGCAUGAUGCCCUCGAGUUCCUCCUCUGGCUUUUAGAUAGAGUUCAUGAAGAUGCCAAUUCCAGCCCUGACAACAACAACAGCAGCACCAAGACCAAAGCCAAUGCCAAGGGGGCAAGUCCAUUGGAUCAUGCUUCCAGUCCCAGUGUAGCCAGCAUACAGCAACCUCGAGGGCGAAACAGUUUUGUCCACGAACACUUCCAGGCUCAGUACAGGUCUUCUCUGACGUGCCCCCAUUGCCUUAAGCAGAGCAACACCUUUGAUCCAUUUUUAUGCAUCUCUCUGCCUAUUCCUCUACGACAAACCAGGCCAAUGUGUGUGACGUUGGUGUUCAACACAAAGGGUCAGAGGCAUCUGCGAGUGGGGCUGGCUGUACCGCUGUUUGGCUCCCUGUCCAGUCUGAGAGCUUUGGUAGCAGCGGAGGGCAACAUCUCUCCUGACCAGGUCAUCCUGGUGGAGUUGUAUUCCACGGGGUUCCGGCGUUCCUUCUCAGAUGAAGACGACCUGACUGCAAUUGCUGAUAGCGAUGUUGUCUAUGCCUUCCAGGCUCCUUCACUCUCCAGUCGUGGAGGCUCCGCACAACACUCAGGGUAUCACCACAGCCUCCCUUCCUCCCCCUACGCCUUCACGGCUGGACCUGAUGGUCAGAGGUUACCUCCAUCUGGCACCCUCUCCUCUGAGUAUCUGAACCAGGGUAACUCCAAGGUCCUCCUCCUCAUCUGCAACACAGCAGGAUCUGGCUCACAAGCUGUCAGGUUUGGGCCUCCAUUUCUUAUACUUGAGGACAGGAGUAUCUCCUGGGACCAGCUGCAUCAGAGCAUCCUCAGUAAGCUCUAUUAUCUGAUGCUGAAUGGAUCUCAGGCUCAGAAUGCUGGAGCGUUGUUUAAGAUCAGAGUGGUGGGAGGAUCGGCAGCCUACAGCUACCUGUCCCCACAGGACAGCAGGCCACUGUACCACCCUGCUGUUGACAGAGCUCUGAAGUUCUGCGGCCCAGGAGGACCCCCCCAUGUGAAGCUUGUUAUCGAAUGGGAGCCAAGCACCAAAGAAUGUUUAUUUGGCAGUAUCCAGGAGGAAGUAGUGAAAGAUGCAGAGAGCGUGAGGAACCAGCAGCAGCAGCACCUUCAGCAGCAUAGCUGUACCUUGGAUGAGUGCUUUAAGCUGUACACCAAAGAAGAACAGCUUGCACCAGAUGAUGCCUGGAAGUGCCCCCACUGUAAGCAGCUUCAACAGGGUAUGGUGAAGAUGAGCCUGUGGACUCUGCCAGACAUACUGAUCCUCCAUCUCAAGCGCUUCCGUCAGGUUGGAGAGCGAAGGAACAAGCUGUCAACACUCGUGCGUUUCCCUCUAACUGGUCUGGACAUGGCACCGCAUGUAGUGAAGCGAAGCCAGAGCAUGAAGAACCUGAAUAUGGGGCCAUCACCACCUUCCUGGAAACAGCACUCAGGCCAACCACACCAAGCUGCUGACAUGAUGCUUCCUCAUGAAUUCCUGUAUGAUCUUUAUGGUGUGUGUAACCAUCACGGAGGAAUGCAUGGAGGACAUUAUACUGCUUACUGUAGGAAUUCAGUGGAUGGUCAGUGGUAUAGCUACGACGACAGCAGCGUAGACCUGGUGCAAGAUGAGGAAGUGUGCACAAGGGGUGCUUACAUCCUUUUCUACCAGAGGCGAAACACCAUUCCCCCAUGGUCAGCCAGCAGCUCCAUCAGAGGCUCCACAAGUUCAUCAGUGUCAGACCACUGGCUAAUCAGGCUGACGGGGGACAGUAAGAGAGGCAGUCUGGUGUCUCAUGCAUCCACCACCUGUCCAUCUUCCUUACCUGACUCUCCAGAGUCUCCAGUCUUCCUGGACAAUGGCUUCAAAGAUGAAAGAGGUGGAUUUGAGAAGAGGCCAUUUGUCAGAGGUCUUCAGGGGCGCAGCAUGAGCCUGAGAGCCCCCAGCAAAAACAAGGAUACCUUGAGCAGAGUGCUUCCAAUGCGCUGGUCCUUUGGUUCCAAGGACAGACGAAAACCUGACCCAGUCCCUCCCCCUGAACCUGAUCCAGCCCCUGUAGAACUAGUACAGUACUUGGAAUCUGGUCGGCGUCCCCGGUGCACAAAGGAUCCGAUAGCGACAUUAAUGAAUGAACCACGCAGCACAAAGGAAGCUGCAAAGAGCCGUGUUGCAGCCAAUGUUCGUUCGUCUAGCGUUGGAAGUAUAAGUUGUGUGGGUAAGACAGGGGAGGAGCCGCCAUUUCUAAAGGUCCCAGAGGGCCAGAAGUGGCCAUCAGAUAAAGAAGCUAGUCUGAGACGUAGCAAGGGGAGCCAGGCUAAGGAUGAGAGCACUGUGAAUAUCAGGAGCAGCUCCAGCACUAACACUCUAACAAGGAGGAAGGAUGGAAGAAAACAGAGCUCCUCCAAAUCUUCACAGGAUACUGAGACAAAACAGAGAUCCAGUACUGGAGUUCAGCCCAGCUACAGCACACCCAGUCUCCAAGAUGGAACUCUGAGAAGACAAAAGGGAGACAGGGCUGAUAGGGAACGCCACAGCACACAAGAAGAAAACUCUAAGAACAAGAAAGCAGACGUGCCUAAGAGCCAUGACGGAAUACUGUCCUUCUUUAAAGGUAGCUUCCUGAAGAAGGAUAAAGAUUCAAGGAAACCCACUGAGGAUGAGUCAGGGAGAGCAGUAGUUGAAGAAGAAAGCAGAAGGACCUUGUCGAGGCCAUCUCUGUCCAAUGGAGCAGCAGGAGGCCGAACUGGAGAAGAAAGAGGCAAGUCCAAAAGCUCAGGCCAUGUGGUUAAUGAGCAGGUAAACGGUAAGGUGGGGCACAAAGCAACUGAAAUCAAACGUUCCCAGAGCUCCACCAACAUCCCAACAAAAGCAGAGCAGAGUGUGCGUAGGACAGCAUCUUUGCACCGUAAUGGGAUGUCAACAACGCCAGCAUCAUCACGCAGUCUGACAAGCGACAAACCAUCUCACGGCACCUUGCAGAGGACUCGUUACAGCACAACCUCACUGGGGCGCAAAAAGACAGUCCCCGAGUCCAGCUUCUAACACAGAGACACAUAAAGCCUUUUUCCUGAAAGAAAGUGAAGGACAUGAAAUCUCCAAGAUCAAAGCAAUAGUGCUCCAUUCACAGUAAUACGCCUUUUUUGUUCCUGGAAAAUUAACAGAGUCAAGUAGUUUGCUCCAUGUAAGACAUAGAAUAAAUGAAAGGUCCUCUAAUGCUCAAGAGGACAUUAAUGAGCAAAAUUAGGUGAUAUGACCUGUCCAUUAAAUAUGACAGAGAGUCCUUCUCCAUUCUAUUUCUACGACCCAAAUAAGUGCCUGAUCAGCCGAUAUGCAGUUUAGACCAAUUGGUUUGUGUCAGUUUAGAACUGAAAGCACGCAGCAGCACACCUACAAACAUACUGUACGAAUAUGUGUCUUAUUAAUGUAGUGUGAGCAUUGGAAGUCGCCACUCUGUUGCGAACUCUUACGGUUGCUGCUUAGAAUGAAGACACACUGAUUGUGUUCAUUUAUAAGAAUGUAUUGUGUCUACUUGAUAAACGGUGGUGCUUUGAGACCUAAAUCUCUGAAUAAUGUCAACUGUUUAUUUUUAACGUUUUUUUUAAAGCACAGUAUGUUUUAUUUUUUAAAGGAUUGAUUUUCUUUCUUUUUCCUAAAUGACCCAGUGUGCAGCAGCAGUUGAUUCAGUGAUUUACAGCUGACUAAGCAAACAUUUUAAAAACACUAUUGUCUACUGUGAAAUGUUAAAUGAAUACACUAUCCCUUAGUGUAUUAGUAAUAACAGUUGAAUAUUAAACUGUUUGUUUUCUUCUAUUGCUACUUUCAUGUACCCACAUCGUCGUGUUCCUUAAUGUUAAAUAAUUGUUUCCCAUGCUUUCCUAACACCGAUGACUGUCAACAGUUUAAUGUCACCAUUCAUAGAGGGGAGGACCACAAAAAGCAAAGCAAAAGAGAGUGACUUCUGCUUGUUACUAAAAAAAAAACCAAAAUAAUGUGGACACACAAAAUCCUGUCUUAUUGAAGCUGUGAUUGAGAGAAAAAUUCUGCCUCUCUGGGAAUCAUUUUUGAUUAAUGUACCUCCAAAAUUGAAGGUCUGUAAAAUUACUGGUUACUCUUUGAUAGCGGCUGUUUUUUACCAGAACUUGACAUUUACUUACUUAUGAAAUAGUGACUAUUUGGCCAGUAGGGGAAACGGACAGAAUAUACAAGGCAUGUAAGGUUAGGGAGCAGUGUUUGUUAUUCUAAGUAAAGAAAAUCUAUUCUAUGAAUCUAUAGAAGAGAAAUAGAGUAUGCAUUAUAAUAUGCAUUUUCCUUUAUUUAUAGAUUUAAUGUCUAUUUACUGUUGAAGUAAUGUUUUUGUUUAUUUUUUAAGUGUGGCACAGUAAAUACAUACAUAAAAAAAACAUAGUGGACAAGAAUUUUAUGUAACAUUAAUUUCUAUUAUUUAGGCUAAGCUAAUUUAGCUUAUUUAGCUUAAUUAGCUUAAAUAGCUAAUUUAGCCUAAAUCCAUCCUAAUGGUUUUGGAUAUUUUGCCUGUCCACAUGUUUUAUAUGUAGAGGCAAUAUAGUAUAUUAAUAUAUAUUAUCACACUCUCUUUUUGUUUUGUACAAAGACUUUUUUUUACCUUGCUACCUUUUCAAAUAUAUAAACAUCCUUCUUAUUUAAAUUGUUAGUUGGACUGCAUUUGGGCAAUAUAAAGUAGAGCGAACUGCUUAUCAAAAAAAUUCAAGGGCAACUUCCAGACAUCUGAACGCAGCAUAAUUAUUUAAUCCACCUUAUCUAGCUGUCCAGCAGAUCAACAUAAACUCACACUGCAGUUAGAAAAAGCCUUUCAUAAUGUGAAAUAAUAUAAUUUGAUGUUAGGUUUAUUGACUUCACAUCAACAGCACCUUGGUGCUCAACCCCGCAGCCUUCGAGAUUAUGAAUGGCCAAAUAUUCUGAUGAAGUAUUUCUAUCAAAAAUCCAGUUUAUUAUUGAACAAAUACCUUAGUGCAAUCCUCUCUUUGUAUUUAUAAUCACCAUGAAUAUACAGCUUUCUUCUAUUAUGUAGGAAUUAAAAAGCAGUAUCUCUUUUAUUGUACAAAAAUGUCUACUUUUACUUAAUCUUAAAAUCUGAAAACCAAUGAUAAUAUUUAGUAAACUAUCAGGCUAUACUGAUAGCAAAUAAUCUUAUAUUUAUGCCAAAUACACAUGUGCAAUUAUUUUUUCCUUCUUUCUUGACUAUAACUUUACAUCAGUGGGUUAUAUUAGAGAGCCCGUAUUAGAGUAUGGAACAAGCUUUUCUAUUUGUGUCUGUGUAAUGGUAGAAGGAGGUUUUUUUUGUUAUUAGCAGAAGUCUGUCAGAUUGUGGAAAGGUACAUCUAAGAGCUUAUGCACAUUUGACCAUGAGUAUUGCGCGAUUUUGUUUUGUGUUUUGAAAAGUAUAUACGGUUGAAGUAAACAGAUUGAGGCCUAAAAGCUUCAUUUGCUGCUAUAGGUAGCCUGUCGUAGUGCCUCUGUUAGAUGCCACAUGUCGAAACGCUGGACCGAAUGUUGAAGUACAAUCGAGGAGUUAAAGCAAACUCUUAUGGAAGUAGGUUUUCUAUGCACAUGUCACAAAUAGAGAAAUCUUUCUGUCAUUGUUUUGUUUACAAGUCAGACACUGGAUUUAAUAUUUUUUUAUGUCGUUAUCAAAAAUUCAAACGGCUGUUUCUUAUCGUCACUUACUUCUAAGUUGACAAAUAAGUUAUCUGAUGCAAGGGUUUGGUAGCUCUUCUAAAUACUUCUGUGUUUGUGUUAAAUGUUUUGGACAGAUCUGAGUUUACCUGUGAAGACUAUUUCCUUCCUCAGGAGCUACGUGAGGGAUGUCAGGCACUUAAUUGCACAUUUAUCACUCCAACCCACCCCCACCCACGUUCCUAUACUCCCAUUUUAAAUUCCUAUCAUCAAUGUUUGAAUUUUCUUUGCUUUUCGUAGUUUUCUCUGUGUUUACAAAACUAUUUUUUGUGGCCUUGAAGGUGCCUGCCUGGGCUUUCACUUCUGCAGAUCUUGUUUUGAGCCAAAAGAAAAAUCAUGUCGACAAAUAAUUUAGUGCUGAUUAGUUAUAAGUUUGGUAAGAGAUGUAACUUGACAUGGCAGAUAAGAUUUGUCGGUAUUUGCUUUAAAAUAUUUUAUUUUUUUUAAGGGUGUCUUCUUUUUAACAUUCGUUUGCAUUUCUUUAUUUGGUAGGGGGGAAAGAAAUUGUGCCAACAUUCAACUAGUCAAAGUUGCAGGCUUCGUUUUCUUCUGAAAUGUCAAAAGGGAUUGGUGGUGACUUUGUUUUGAUGAUGGCUGCUGCAUUUAUGUCCUCAACAGUAAUUCACAAAGACUGCUCAAACACACAAGUAGCACAUUCAACAAAAAGGCAGAAAUUGCUUCAAUUAGAGAGCUAAUAAAAUGACACAGGUUUGUGCUUUUUACAGACAUGCUCUCCUCAGCAGACUGACAAGUAUUCCUUUGUAUUUAACAUAACAAAUGCAAAGAUUCUUACAAUGUGGCCUGUGGUAUACAGUAAAAUGUGUGAAAUAUUUCCUUUCAACCAGUGAAACUGGCAUAAAGCCCAGGAGGUUAUUGAAACCUUUGCAAAUUCUCAACCUUUACAUCUAAAUACAUUGUGAAAGUAUAUUACAACUAUCAAUGAAAUAGCCGGUGUGUUAGAUGUGAGUCUGAAAAGUCUGUUUUGCUUCUCUCAAACCACAUGUGGCCACAUACAUGCAUAGUUUAUCAAACUGAGCACUUUUAUGUGGUAAGAGAUGUUUUUAUAUGCAAUUUUUCUACAUUUUCUAAGUAAAAUCUCUGUAUAUAUUUGUGGAUACACGCAGAGGGGGAUAUGUGCGCACGGGUGUGUGUGUAAGAGAGAAAUAAAUGAAUAAAUAUGGACGCAGAGCCUGCAUGGUGUAGUGUUUGGGAUUUUCCAUUGCAUUGCACAAGGUGGUUUUCACUACAGUUUCUGCUUAAAUUGUCCUCUGUACAUGAUGGUACAUUAUAUAUAUAUUUGAUAUAUUAUAUUUUUCAGUACAAUAAAAAUGUGUUAUUUAUUACUAUGGUCUUCAGUAAGCCACUUUUAAAU